AUGCCCCGAGGCAACCCCGUCCCCGACCGCCGCGUCCUGCGCUGGGACCCAAGGCGCGCCCGCCGCCCAACCCGCCGCGAGGUCGCCGACGUAAUCGAAGACCUCUGGGACAUCCCAGAAUACUACUGCCAGGGCGUCCGGGACGAGAUCAUGGACGCGCAGGACGCGGUCCGCGCAGCCGCGGACGCCUCCCUAGACGAGGACCCAAACGACGACCUCAACGUCCAAGACGCCCUCUUCGACCUGAUGAUGGUGCAGCGCCACUACGCCCGCACGCUCGGCGACAACCCACCCGGCGCCUACGAGCGCCCCUCCGCCUACAUCAACGACGACGGCCUGCUCAUGACCCAGCCGGUCGCGCCGCGCCUCCUCCUAGAGUGCGGCGAGCGCGAGUACCACAGCGAGUACGCGGACAUCGUGAUCGCCGUGAAGCGCGAGCCCUCGCGGGACAUCGUGCCGCAGUGGAUCGUCUACCUGGUUGAUCUGGUCGGGACGCAGCCCGUUGUCGGGCACUGCAAGAGCUACACGGUGCGGGCGGCGGGGACGGCGCGGUGGGAGCGGGUCAGCGAGCCGCACGACGUCAACGAGCCCAUCGAGGACAGCAACCGGUUCAGCGAGUACGCGGUUGCCGGGAAGCUGCAUAUCAGCCAGUUCGAGCGGUUCGAGGAGCUCUUCGACUCGAUCGAGAUCGGGCCGAACAACUUCUUCAUUGUGCGGUGGCUUGCGGAGAUCCUGGCGCAGGGGAUCGCGCGGAAUCUCACCGAGGGCCAUAUCAAGGCGCUGAUCGCGAAGGCGAAUUACUCGAAUGUUGAGUUUGAGGGGCGCAGGGAGAAUGGCCGGUGUGAUGGGUAUUUGCCGUGGGAUCGGGCGCUGAUGGAGCAUUUUGGCGAGGAUGCGAUUAGUCGGUGGGUGGAGCAGUCGAGGAGGGUUCGCCAGGCGAGGAGGAGAGAGGAGAGAGAGGAGCACUUUCUGCGCGGCAGGUCGGCGAGUCCUGCGCUGCAGGGACCGGCUGGGAGGAAUUAA